GUCCGGAUCACCCAUCAUCAUGAGGUCUCUGGUGUUUGUCCUCCUCUUUGGAGCUGCGUUCGCAGCCGAUGACAAAAUCGUUGGAGGUCAGGAGUGCGUUCCUCACUCUCAGCCCCAUCAGGUGUCGCUGAACGCUGGCUACCACUUCUGUGGUGGCUCGCUGGUCAAUGAGUACUGGGUGGUGUCUGCUGCUCACUGCUACCAGUCGAUGAUGGACGUGGUGCUCGGGGAGCACAACCGCUGGUGGAUGGACGGCAACGAGCAGAUCAUCCCGGCGUCUCUGGUCAUCCCUCACCCAGACUACGACUCCUGGAUGAUCAGCAACGACGUCAUGCUGAUCAAGCUGAGCGAACCGGCGAUCAUCAACGACUACGUGCGGCCGGUGGCUCUGCCCAGCAGCUGCGCUCCUGCCGGGACCAUGUGCACCGUCUCCGGCUGGGGCAACACCAUGAGCUCCGACAAUGACAGCAACUACCUGCAGUGUCUGGACAUCCCCAUCCUGUCGGACGAUGAGUGCCACCGCUCGUACCCCGGCAUGAUCGAUGAGUCCAUGUUCUGUGCUGGGUACCUGGAAGGUGGAAAGGACUCCUGUCAGGGAGACUCUGGCGGUCCAGUGGUGUGUAACGGGGAACUGCAGGGCAUCGUGUCCUGGGGUUACGGGUGUGCAGAGCAGAACCACCCCGGCGUCUACGCCAAGGCCUGCAUCUUCACCGAGUGGCUGCAGCGCACUAUGGCCACCAACUAGAUGCUGCCCACCCAAUGCUGUCAUUAAAAGCAGAAACAUUAA